AUGGAAAGACAGAGUUCAGGUACAGAAACUUCGAAAGCCGUGACAAUUUCAAACCACGUUUGGAAGCUAAAACGCUAUGGUCGUUUUAUUCCCAAAACAAAAUCUAAAGCCUCAGGGAGAGACUCCGCAUGGAAGAUUUUUGAGUCCUGUGAAAAGUCUGGCCAGCUGGAGUUGAAUAUUUUGGGCUCUGGUCAUCUGCUAGUAUCUCAAGGCCAGGAAGUCUUGGAGGGCUUUUCUCUACUCAAUGCACAAAGCUUUUUGAAAAUUCAGCACAAAACAGACAGUCUGCUGUUCAACAUUACAGUAAAGGGAGAGAACCGUCUGAUCAGACUGCAGUUUGAUGGGAGUAGUCGGGCUGAAGCCGCAGGUUUUUGCAGUAAAGCAGUAGAGAUGUUGCAGAUUUAUGUACCUGUGCAGGAGCACACGAUAACACCUUCCUCUGCAGCUACACCAGCUUCUGCUGCUCUAACCAAUCCUGCAGAACCUGGAACCUCUGAACAACAGCAGAAGGCCUCUGAAGAUGCUCCACAGGCAGCCCCUGCCAUUGCCAUGGGAUCAUUGUCAAUCGAACACCUUUCUCAGGUACCAUUGUAUUGUGAUUGACUUGAAGGCUGCUGAAAUGAAC